UCCUGAUUGAUGGACUGUAUCCCCGUGUUUCCCCACCCCAGCCAAUUUUCUUCUCCCUAUGUAGGCAGGGUAGCUAGGGAACCUGGUCCUGGCCCGGUAUUCCCAGUGUGAUGCGGCCGGGAAGGGCGACAAGUGGGCUUCGGAUGCUCAGAGUCUUUCGUAGGAGCUAUUUCUGCUCUGGAAGGGUGGCGGCCAUCCCAUUACUCAACCCUCGUCGUACUGGUCCUCCCCGUUCCCUCCCCUCAGCGAAUAAACAAACACCACCGUUUGACUCUACAGACUCAAAAACACAGCUUCACCUGCUCAGAAAAGUUGUUUUCUUCCCGUCUCUUUCGGAAAAGGUCAGCCGGGCGCGUUCAUCCUCAGCGCGCCAUGGUCCCUUCGGAACUGCCCUGAUUUCUCAGACGAGGGCACCCUGGAGUUUAACUCCUGCGACUUGCCCCGGCUUCUCGACACCAGGCGUUCUAGCCUCGCUCCUUCCCCGGCUCGGCCCAGCGGGCGGCAGGAAGUGCGGGGCGGUGACUCUCCAGCGACACCCCCGCGGCUUGUAAACGCGAAGCAGACGCUCGGCGUGGCAAAGGCACCGUACGCGCCUCGCAACCGGGUCUUCUCUCUACUCGGUGAGGGCGGCGCCUGGCAGCGCGAUGGACCUGGCCGGACUCCUGCUGGACGAAGAAGGCACCUUCUCCCUCGCCGGCUUCCAGGACUUCACAUUCCUCCCAGGACACCAGAAGCUGAGUGCCCGGAUCCGAAGGAGACUCUACUAUGGCUGGGACUGGGAAGCUGACUGUAGCCUGGAGGAGCUCUCCAGCCCUGUGGCAGACAUUGCUGUGGAACUGCUCCAGAAGGCCGCCCCCAGUCCUAUUCGUCGGCUCCAAAAGAAAUACGUAGCUCAUGUGUCCCGGGAGGCAUGCAUCUCCCCGUGUGCCAUGAUGCUAGCUCUGGUGUACAUCGAGCGGCUCCGGCAUCGAAAUCCAGACUACCUACAGCACGUGUCAUCCUCCGACUUGUUCCUGAUCUCCAUGAUGGUGGCCAGCAAGUACCUCUAUGAUGAAGGGGAGGAGGAGGAGGUUUUCAAUGAUGAAUGGGGGGCUGCUGGGGGUGUGGCCGUGCCCACUCUCAAUGCCCUGGAGAGGGGCUUUCUGAGUGCCAUGGAUUGGCGUCUCUAUACUGACCCUCGGGAGAUCUUUGAGGUGCUGAGCUGGCUGGAGAGCUGCGUGGCCGAGCAACAGGGGCGCCGGCGGGGCUGGUACACCUAUACGGACCUGUGUGUGCUGCUGGAGCAGCCUGCCUGGCAGCUGGCCCUGGGCUCCCUCUGCCAGCGCCUGGCCAAGCUGUCCUGCCUGUUGGCCAUGGCUUAUGUGAGCAGUGUGGCCCUGGCCGUGGCCUCGAUGGCCGUAAUACACCAGUCCUUAGGGCUGUCCUGCAGCCCGCCGCCUGGUCCCCCAGACCUUGGGCUGGCCUCCAGGUGCCUUCUGGAACCCUGCAUACCUUCUCCCGUGCCACGGUGCCUGCCUUCUCCUGCUAAUGUCUCUGGGUGCCUGGAAGGCGACACAGGGCUGCGUUCACUCUGGGGGAGUCUUCUGGCCUCAUUGACUCCGCCACCAUUGCCUCCCCCGGAUUCACCUGCCCCUACAAGUCUCCUCCGUAACUGCCCCCUUUGCCAGAAGCUCCGGAAGGACUCCCCAACCUGUCGCACCUGCCAUCACCUGAACCGUACCAUCCCCACUGGGCGCCCCCGCCCCUGGUCCCACUCCCACGGCCUGGCUCCACCUUGGCCUUGGAGCCCAAUGCCUUCUCUGCUCCCGCAGCCCCAGCAGUGUUCCCUUUUCAGUGUCAUGGAGCUGGCCCGCCUCAAGUCUUUCAUUUUCCCAGGCUAGGUAGGGUCCUGAGGAAUGCAUUCGGAGGAUGCGGGAGUCCCUGAGAACCUGGAGGAGCAAAACUUAAUCUGGGUCCUUGGCCGGUCCCCUGUCCUCCUGGGCGAUGGCGCUUAAGGGGGUAGUGGGGCAGAAGGACUGACGAUCACCUGCUCUCCUAGACCUCUGGGGCUGGCUGGGCUGUGGUGACGCUGGGGAAAGCUUCAGCUUGGCGACCCAGUCUGUGUCACAGGUGGACAGGGGAGAAGCCCCUGUCUCCCCAUUUGCCCUGGGAUCUUCUAGACUUUUGCUUUUGAGUUUCCUAGGCGGGGGGAGGGGAGGGAGGAAACAUCGGCGGGGUCCGCGUGAUGUCCCUGAGGCAGGAGAGGUGGGGACGGACAGGGCCACUGGGGGAAGCUGGUGAGGGAGGGUGGGUGGGGCGGGAAAGUCACUGGACACCCGUCCCCUGGACAGAGUCUAGAGGAGCCCUGGGCUGCUGGGACCUUUAACCUUGACCUUGAUUUUCCAACUUUCUCUUCCUAGUCCCCUGCUUCUGGGCCUCCCUCUCUUCCUGUCCUUUCCCGGGUGUCCUCUUCACAGGCCUCUCUGGCCACCGCUUUAUAUCUGGGUUUUUCACGCUUUUGUAGAACUAAGGUUUCAAUAAACAGUUUCGGUUGCA